AUUGUAUUUAAAUUUUUAAAAAUUACAUGAGAAUAUUGUGUUAGAAUAUGAAGAACUAUAUUUAUUUUAAAGUUUAUUUAUUGUUCGUUUUUCCAGUUUAUUGCUAUGCUCAAGAUUAUGAAGUUGCCGAUGUUCAGUGUACGUUUUCCACUGUUGGUUCAGAUAUUGAAGACCUUAUAACGGCAACGCUGAAGAGACCAGUUGGAUUUAAGGGCGUUCCCAUAUUUGCUGAUGAUCGAAAUGGUGUCAAAGAUACAAAUCCCCACUGUAUUAUAUCAAGAGACAACAGCGAUGUGGAUGAGCGCACAUAUAGUCUGAGAAUAAACGAUUUCACACGAUGUGGCGUUCUUAAGCGGAAUGGCUUUGUUCAUGUCCGUAUUUGGUUUCCUCAAUUUCCUGGCGUUGUAAUGCAGUCGGAUCAGGAGCUAAUCAUUAUGUGCAAGCCACCGGAGCCAACUAUCAUUGAGAAUAAAGCAGCUGGAUUCGCUGGAUCAUUUCCCCAUGGAGCUCGUGUAUCCGGAGUCGUUGAGGAGACGCCGAAUAGAUUGGAAUACGAAGUGGCACUUUAUAAGGAGGCGCCACCAAUAGCACGCGUCAGCGGUACCAACAAUCCAGUUAGUUCAUCAAACGAUCCUCCCUCAUCCGUUGCCAGUGAACAGACCGUGGAUCAGGCGGUGCCUUUGGGAACCAAGCUCCAACUGAGGGCGCGUAUUAGCCAAUCGGUCUGGAAAUAUGUAAAGUUAAUGGAGGUUACCGUAUCACCAGAUCCAGAGAAUCCACAUGCUCAUGGUGCAGUGUCUCUGGUGCAUCACGGAUGUCGUAAUCGAGAGUUAGCCACCAUAAUACCACAUCAACCGGCCAAAUAUCGCGACAGACCCAACGAAGUAUUCCUGGACUUUGAGGCAUUUCUGCUGAGCUCGAUGAAGGAGAAGGCCACACUUUGGAUACACUCCCAGAUCAAGGCCUGCAUAGACAUGGCCGACUGUACACCUGAUUUCUGUGUGGAUUUAUAUGAGCCCUCUGGUCAUGGCCGUCGGCGGCGUCAGAUAGAAUCAACGACAUCAAGAUCAACAACUCCAAAGAUGCAACGUCCUCAUAGUGUAAGCAACACCACAUCUGGUUCAGAGUUUAAGCGAUUCAAAGAAAACAUCGAGUACACCGUUAUAAUGCCGGGGCAGGUUGAUAAAAAGAUGGGACUCUUGAUCGAUUUGACACAACAUUGCCGUGGCGCCCUCCUCAUUAGCUCGUUUUUUGUCUUCAUGAUUACGUUCUGCUUCACAAUGAGCUGCAUGUUGGCUUUUCGCGUUCAGGCCGAUAAAAAGCUGAGAUCACUUCAGUUCAGAUCGGGGUUCAACACAGGUUACGCUGGUCGAGCGGUUGUUCAAUAGACCCCCCUCUCAAUCUGAUCGCCGCAUAAUGAGAUCGCUCUCUGCAUUUACAAUUGAUGUACAUAUUCAUGCAUUUAACAUUACAAAUGUGCGUAAUGUACUCGUGUACCUUACAUUUAUUUACAUCUUUAGCGUCAAUUAUAUUUCAUUAAAAUAUCAAAAUAAAUUAAAUUUUCAAUUAUAGAACAGAA